AUGGAUUCUUCACAGCAUAAUAGAGGAACCUCACGAUCUCAAUCAAUGUCGUCGAGAAAGCCGUUUAGUUCGCCAAUCAAACCGUCAGAUGCGUCCGCAAGCUACGAUAUGGAUAUACUUGAAGACCUACAUCAACAUCAACAAAAUCGUUCACAUAGAGUACAGUAUCCAUUGUCUUCGCCCAUCAAAAAUUCCCAGGAUCAUGAACACCGCCGAAGUAGCCAAUACCACCAUCCAAAUCAACAUAGCAGAACCGCGAUCAUAAAUAAGAGAAAUAAGCAUGACAGAUUACGGGAAAUUAGAGAUAGACAUAGACAGGACAAAUUAGGCAUGAAUCGUGAAAAAAUGGUUGACAGACAGGCGUACGAAGAUUAUAAGUUGGAAUUAGAAAAAGAGGCCAACGAGCUUUACGAGGUUCUAGACAUCGAUGAAUUAAUCGACCAGGAAAACGAAUUGGAAUCGCACAUAAUAAAAUGCCUGCCAAGAGAUAUAUAUGAGACCGAAUUAGACGCAUUUUUGAAUGAAGAGCAACGUGAACUAGAACAAAUGGUGGCUAACAUUGAUUUAUCUGAUAAUAAGUAUGCGAGUACAUAA